UGUCUGGAGGAAAAAAAGCCAUUUUGUCCCCCCCCAGCCCCGGUCCCUCCCCUCCCCCUCCGUCCCCUCCCCUCCCCUCUCUCCCUCCCACCCCAAGCCGCUUUCACAAACUCCUUUCUUACCGUAGGUUUCUCCCCUCCCGGUGCCAGAGCGAGCGACGCGGCUGGGGUCCCCCUCCCCUCCCUUCCCUCCCUCCCUCCCAUCCCCCCUCCCCGAGACCCGCCGGACCCCGAACCCAGGGUGGCGCUCCCCGGCCCCCCACCCCCCUUCCCCGGCAUCAUGCAUCGGACCACGCGGAUCAAAAUCACGGAGCUGAACCCUCACCUCAUGUGCGCCCUCUGCGGGGGGUACUUCAUCGAUGCCACCACCAUCGUGGAGUGCUUGCAUUCCUUCUGCAAAACCUGCAUCGUGCGCUACCUGGAAACCAACAAGUACUGCCCCAUGUGCGACGUGCAGGUCCACAAAACCCGGCCGCUGCUGAGCAUCAGGUCUGACAAAACCCUCCAAGACAUCGUCUACAAAUUGGUCCCUGGGCUCUUUAAAGACGAGAUGAAGCGGCGGCGGGAUUUCUAUGCCGCGUACCCCUUGACAGAAGUCCCCAAUGGCUCCAAUGAGGACCGUGGAGAGGUCCUGGAGCAGGAGAAGGGGGCUCUGAGUGACGAUGAGAUUGUCAGCCUCUCUAUUGAGUUCUACGAAGCUGUCAGGGACCGAGAAGAGAAAAAGGGCCCCCUGGAGAAUGGGGAUGGGGACAAGGAGAAGACAGGGGUGCGUUUCCUGCGAUGCCCGGCAGCCAUGACCGUCAUGCAUCUCGCCAAGUUUCUCCGCAACAAGAUGGAUGUGCCCAGCAAGUACAAGGUGGAGGUUCUGUAUGAGGACGAGCCCCUGAAGGAAUACUACACCCUCAUGGAUAUUGCCUACAUCUACCCCUGGCGGCGGAACGGUCCUCUCCCCCUCAAGUAUCGGGUCCAGCCAGCCUGCAAGCGGCUCACCUUGCCUACAGCGCCCACCCCCUCCGAGGGCACCAACACCAGUGGGGCCUCAGAGUGUGAGUCAGUCAGCGACAAGGCUCCCAGCCCUGCCACCCUGCCGGCCACCUCCUCCUCCCUGCCCAGCCCAGCCACCCCCUCCCAUGGCUCUCCCAGCUCCCAUGGGCCCCCGGCCACCCACCCUACCUCCCCUACUCCCCCUUCGGCAGCCAGUGGGGUCGCUACAGCUACCAAUGGGGGUGCCUCGAACUGCCUGCAGACAACAUCCUCUACCAGCAGGGGGCGCAAGAUGACUGUCAAUGGAGCUCCCGUGCCCCCCUUAACUUGAGGAAAGGGACCUCCUUUUCCAGCCACGCCUCUCCAACCCUCCACUUUUUCUGGGCUCCUUUUUCCACCUCUUCUACUUUCCCCAGCUCCUCCCACCUUAGGGGUGGGGGGUGGGUUUUAUAAAUAAAUCUAUAUAUAUAUGUACAUAGGAAAAACCAAAUAUACAUACUUAUUUUCUAUGGACCAACCAGAUUAAUUUAAAUGCCACAGGAAACAGACUUUAUGUGUAUGUUAUGUGUGGGGGAUGGGCGUUCAUUUUUAGGGGUUCUUGUGUAAUUUGCUCUACUCUCUUUUGGGGGGGGUGCCUGGAUGGACCCGAGGGGCCACCUGAGGCUCAGCAAAGCUCUGCCCCAUCCUCCUCCCAAGGAAGAUGCGGGUACUGGAGGGCCCACCAGCCCCCAAAGGUUUAGGCACAACUCUGGCUGUGUGUGGGGCCCGCCCUCUUUCCCCAUCUUGGCUGCUGUCCUGCCCUGACCUGACCGGCACCGCCCCCCUCCCCGCCCAUGUUGAAUGUCCCGCGACCUGCUAAGACAGUGCCUUUUACACAUGCAGUUUAUCCCCUGGUUGUGAGGAGCAAGUGGGCGGUGGAGAUGGUAUCUCCCUCGUACCUCCUCCUGCAGUGGAAACUUUGUGCAAAGAAUAGAUAGUUCUGCCUUCUUUCCCCCCGUGUAUGUGGCCUUCGCAUCGUUUUUCUUGUGGAAGAGGAGAUUCAGGCCAGGGGAGGCCGCCGUCCCUGAAAUUCCAUUGUGGCUUCAGCGUUGUGAACUGCUCCAACCCCUGUGCCCCUGCCCUCCGCCCCCACCCCACCCCCACCCAGGGAACCCUCACCGGCAAGCCUGGUGAUGAAGUCUCACUUGGGGGCCCAGCGUGGAGAGGGGGAGUGGGAUUGACCUCAGACAAGCACAGACCCCGGAUAUUGCCAAAGGCAACCAGCCCUCCAGCCCCCUCCCCACCCCCAGCUGAGGCCCAGCCAGGAAAGAGCCUCAGGGGCAUGUGAAAGCACAACCAGACAGACACGUGUAGCCCCUGCCCUCAACUCCAUCCCGAGGGGCAGGCUCCGCAGGUCCCCGCCCCCGGGUUUCAAUGUGCAUAGAUCAGAGCGGGGAGGAGGUGAGGAUGCAAGACUCAUCACAACCUAGGUGUUUGGGGUUGGGUCACCCCAGUGGGUUUGUCUGUGUUUGCACCUUGUCCUGUGUCUGGGGUGCUGUGACUGUACCCUCCUCCUACCCUGGGACAUUUGUAUCUCCUGGCUUUGUAAUAAAUGCUGCAUACUCUCU